CACCUAAAAGCCCUCUAAAUUUCCAAUAUUUAAACCUCCAUUACUUUCUACCAUCAAUCUCCUUUCUGUUCCGAUCUCUUCGCUUGUUCACUUUGUCGAAAAAACAGGAUGGCGGAAGAACAGAGAAUGCAAGAAGCAGGAGGGCAUAGGCUUUGUGCCAACAAUUGUGGAUUCUUUGGCAGCCCAACAACUCUAAACCUCUGUUCCAAAUGCUAUAAGGAUCAUUGCAUGAAAGAACAACAAUCGCGAGCAGCCCAACUUGCAAUGGAAAAGACUCGUCCCCAACCACAACAACAACAACAACAACAACAAUCUGAAUCAAUAUUUUCGUACCUGCCACGCGUGGAGUCAUUGCCAAUUCUUGAAGUCUCACAACCACGUCAUGUGGUUGAGACCGGGGUCUCUCAGGUACAGUUGGAUACUUCAUGUGGGUCCCCUAAGGUGCAAUUGAAUAUUGCAGCCGAGGUCCCUAAGCUGCAGUUGAAUACUGCAGCUGAAGCUCCUGAUGAGGUGCAAUUGAAUACACCAAUAGAGACCCCUCAAGUGCAAUCGAAUCGUUGUGUCACGUGUCGGAAGCGGAUUGGUUUAACGGGUUUCAAGUGUAGGUGUGGGGUCACAUUUUGUGGUUCACAUAGGUACCCUGAACAACAUGGUUGUACCUUUGACUAUAAGUCAAUGGGAAGGGUGGCCAUUGCCGUGGCUAAUCCAUUGGUUAAGGCAGAGAAGCUUCACAAAAUUUGACUUAAUAAAAUUAAGGAGAAUUAAUUUGAUCAUUGGGUCCAUGAACUGGUUGAUCGAACGGCCAAGAUGUCGUUUUGGUGAUGCUCAUGGAUUGAUGAUUUAUAAUAUGGAGUUGUUGCUAACCACAAGUUGGUGGAUGGGCUUUGAAUUAUACAUUUUCUUUAAUAAUGUAAGUUAGGAUAUUUUAUUGGUUCUUUAAUAAUUAUAAUGUAUGGUAGGCAAUUUUAUUUAUCUAUUUUCUUAAUUUGUUGUUUCACGUUGAAGUUAUUUGCUAAAAUAGCCAAGAUAACAUGGUUUUUAUUC